UAGAUAGAAAGACAAACACAUCUAGAAUAAGACAGAUGCCGGCAAAAUUCUUUUAGACAUAGUCAUACUGAUAUCUUCAAUGUGAUCCAUCUUCCACCAAUCUUACAUUUUAAUAACACAAAACCCAACUCUUUUAUUCUCCUCAAACAUUCUUAUAGAGAAAUCAGUAACAAACAGUGUGUGUCUCAGCUCAUAUCACAAUGGAGCGAAGGUAUAUCAGAGAGACCAAAGGGCCACUGACCCUACAAAAGAAGAUGGCGGAGACACUCCGGCGGGAAGAACCGCCGCCUGACUUAACCGAUUUCAUGAACGACAUGUUUUUCGGAACAGCAGAUACUCACCAGAAAACCUAUGACCUUACUGGAGGAGUUGGUGUGAGUAUGGAUGAUGAGGAGGAGGAUGAUGGGUUUGAUGACAGUACUAGAAGUAACAGUGCGAGGUUGACGCAAGAAUGGUUGCAAGAAGCACGACGUGUUGUUGCUUCUUCUCCUUCACGUAGUGAAUCUCCUGGACGCCUUUUGGGUUCACCUCGCUUUGCGUCGCCCUCGAAAUCAUUGCUUCCGUCUUCUGAUCGAACGGAUGCUCUUUCUAGGACUAGGUCCGCCAGAAGAUAUAGAACAGUGGAAGGGAUCAGUGAUGAGAUACUCUCCAAGACAGCAAAACACACCCGCAACAAAUCCGACACAUUUUCUGCUCAACCUUCAACACACGGGGACGAAUCCCCUGCAACGGCAGUUCACAAAUGGUUUUCCAACAUCCUCAAACCCAACAACAAUAACAAUAACAAUAACAAUAACAGCAACAAUGGUAACAGUAAUAAUAACAGCACGCCACCACCUUCUCCUGAUUCUCUCCCUCCACGUCAGCCUCUUUCUCGAAAAUCCCGCUUCAAAACCGAACCCUCCGCUGCACCUCACCCACAGGGAAUCCAACCUCCUAAUCAUAAUUCCAGAAGAACAUUCAAGACUUCUGCACCGUCGCCGCCGGAGAAUCCAAACCGGCGAACCACACCGACGUCCGAUUCUCUACCACUCUCCCCACCGAGGAACCUCGUGGAAUCCGCUUACCGGAGAACGAUAUCGUCUUCGACUUGCUCGUCGGAGAAGAUAGUUCCGGCAAAGCGUUUCGCUAAGGAAGAAGAAGAAGCGGCUGAAGAUUAUAGCCUCAACGAGUUCUUAAAAGAGCAGAAGAGUCUGUUUCAGAGAUUCUCUAAAGGAGAGCUUCGUGCAAAUGUUAGAAUCAAAAUUGUGCUUUCUGGAGCUUCAAAUAGUACGGCGUCGAUGGUGGCGGCUAUUUGCCAUGCGUGGCUAUUGGGUUAUAGACAGAAAGAGAGUGAUGACAGUGGAAAAGAACAGAUUGUGGUGGUGCCUGUGAUGAAUGUGAAGCGAGGUGCUAUGUGUCAUCUCAAGCAAGCUGCAUGGCUCUUUCAUCAUGCUGCUCUUGAUGCCACCUCUUUGCUUUUCAUUGAUGAGGUGGACAUGGAAAGCCUUUUGGUGACUGGUAAACUGAGUGUCCUUGUGGUUGGACAAGAUAUCUUAAAUGCAACGAACGAGGUUGGUUCUCAAUGCACUGUUCUAACAGAUAAUUACUGCGAGGAUGCAUAUGAUCUACUUCAAAACUCUGUCUUGAAGAAACUAUUGCUUGCUGGUAUUCUGCUAGACACACAGAAUCUAAAAGCCUCAACAUCAGUAUCAAUGACAAGAGAUGCUGAGGCAGUCCGGCUGCUAUUGGUUGGCUCAGCUCCAAACUACCGAUACACUUUAUUUGAUCAGUUGAUGCAAGACCAACAAUCUUCUUCUUUUGUGGAAGCUUUGAACCAUAACUAUUGGAAGCUCCCUGAUGAAAGUGAGCAAAUUAGUGAAGGAAACAUGGAGCAUAGAGUUCGCGAGAGAAAGUCAAGCUCUACAUCCGACCGUGAAACUACCAUGCCAAGUUCAAAAACAAAUUCCACAGACGCAAAAGUCAAACUCGCAACACCAGUUUUGCAAUCUCCUAGUCCAGCACCAUCAUCAAAUGCAGAAAAGGAAGCCGGUCGUGGGAAAAACAAAUUCUUCUUGGCUAGGUGGUUUGGAUUUGGCUCAAAAUGAACUACACUGUCCAUGCAACUGGAAACUUAUUUUUGCAAAAUUCAAAUCAAAAUAAAAAAUAAUCAUUCAAACCUGAAUCCCAUAUGGGUCACACCAGGAUUAUGUGAUGUAGUUAUUGAUUUUGACGGUUCGAUACUGAUUGUAUAUGUAAACUUACAUCGCCAUUGUCACUUUUUGCGCGUUAGUUAUUAAAUUGAAUUAUUAUUAUUAUUAUGACAUUUGUGAUGAAGAAGAAUACAUAUGGUCCUACCUAUCCAUUACCCAUGUGAAUCUUUGAAGCUGU